UACAAUAAUAAGUGUUAACAACAAAGAAAGUUAUCUGAAUCUUUUCAAAUACAGAAAAAUAAUUAACAAUUUUUUUUUCCUUUUAUUUCACGUUCAAAAGUUAAGAAAAUUUGGUGAUGUAUCGACAAAACUGUACAAAAAUAUAAGCGAUGUCAUCAUAUUUGUGCAUAAUAUGUCAUUAAUUUCGCGAAAGCAAUAAUUUUUCUCCAACUUGAAAUAAAGCGAAAUGUUUAUGAUUCCCUGGGCAUGACUUUUACAGCGUUGUCAAUUUACCUGCGCGAUGGAAGUGUUAUUGCCCAGAUAUUAAAUUCAUGUAUUUGUUGAUAAUUUAUUGUGAACUAGUGAAAGUCACUUGUUUUAUGAAUAUUCGAAAUUAGUUUUGAAAAGUAUUAAUUUACGAUUACUUUCAACUAUGGAAGACAAGCCAUUAUGGGACCCUAAUAGAAAGGGUCAAAUUUUGCGAGCUCCCCGAACGGUAUCAAACGUAGCAUCGAACAAUGAUAAUCAAAAGAGUUCUGUUUCCUCAACUUCAAUAGUUCCCCCUGAAAAAUCAAAAUUGAAUGCUGCAGCUGCCGAAUUUAUCCCCAAAUGUUUUUAUGACAACUCAAAUACAGUUAUGUCAAAACCUCCCCAAUUGUCUGUACAAAAUAGACUGAAAAUUCACAAAGAUCAAGAAUUACAGAGAAAUCAGGCUUCAAGAGAUGGCCCAAUUAAUGCAAGAUUGUAUUCCCAAGGUGAUAAUAAUUUUCGGUAUGCUAAUAAUUCUUUGGAUGAUCGAAGGUUGAAACAGUUGAUCAAUACUCUUACAUGUGAUCCUGGACAAUUUGAUAGUCUUUUGGAUAUCUUCAGACAAACUCUCAAACCUUACUUCGAAGAUAUCAUAGCCCUUGCUAGUGUUACAGACUUGCUUGUCAGUCAAGCGAUAAAUCAUCAGAGUUUUCGUUAUACAGCAGCCAGGCUCUGCUAUAGUGUAGAACAGGAAUCUCCCACAUUCAGAGCACAACUGCAUCUUACCUGUGAACGAGAACUAAAUUCGAAUUCGAACAAGCAAGGAAUUGUUCUUUUUGUUGCUGAACUGUAUACACAGUUGCACCACGAAAAUAUUUAUGGAAGGUUCUUGUUAAAUGCUUUUAAACAACUUUUACUGGAAAGUGGUGAUAAUAAUAUAAAAUGUGUGUGCCAGGCUUUGAAGCUCACUGGAACAGCGCUGGAAUUAUAUGAUAAGGAAGCACUAGAUGAUAUAAUGGACAUGUUGAAUAAUAGUAGACAAUAUGCAUCUGGCACAGCCCUGUGUCUGGUGGAUAUUGUUAUGAAAUUAAGGAAUGUAAAGUGGGGCUACAACAGUCAGGAAUCAAGUGGCAGUAACAGUGAACAAGAAGCUUACUGGGAUGACGACGUUAACACAGUUUUCUAUAACUCGGAUGGUAACAUGUUGUCCAAUGAAGAAACAGAAUUUUUAGCGGCUAAUCUUCAAUCAACAGAUGAAUAUUUUCUGGAUCCUUCAGAAGAUCCUGAUGAACUUUGUGAUCCUGAACCUGAGAUGGAUGAAGAGAUACAAGCUGCUUUCAAAGAAUUCGUCAAACUUGGUAGACGGUAGUUUGAUAUAUAUUGACAAAGAAAAUGAAUAAUUGUGAUGUAUAUUUAAUUAUUAAUUCGAUAAAACUAUUAUAAAAUUCUUGUUUGCAAUCCAAUAAUUGUUAGUUAUAGUGUUUUAUAUAGUAAAUUUUAAUUUUAUUCGAAAAACAAUUCAUAUAUACAAUGUAUAUGAAGAUUUUAAUUGAUAUGAAAAACUCAUUAAUCACCAAAUGAUCUUGAAAAGUGAUCUUGUUUGGGAAGUGUAUAAAUAAAUCAUCUCUUGAUAGGGA